AUGCAGCCAUACUACAGGCAGCUUGCUAAGGGUGCAGAUGCAGCGGAGGCCUGGGAGAGCACCAUGCCGCAGGUGAAGGCCACCAUGCAGCACGGCCUGUGGAGGAAGGACCUCAUGGCCGGCUCCUCCGGCAGCUCCCGCUACUGCCCCCUGCCAGAAGUCCAGGGCACACUGCAGGAGGUUGAGGAGGUGCUGACGCGGUCGCGCAUGUUCCAGUUCAAGCCGGACGGCGACGUGACGCUGAUGGCGGUGCAGGACGCCAAGGGCAUCCCCAUCACCACCUUCCAGGACCCCCUCCACUACCCCCACCACACCAAAUUCCUCGCCCCAGGGCCGCUGGGGCAGUGCCAUCCAAUCCCGGACGACCCAGUCGUGCGGGAGCAGAUGCUGAAGCAUGCGCGCAACUACGAGCGCAUCUACCGCUCCUACAACCUACCCUUCCAGAGCCGGCCGGGCUCCGACAUGGCCAAGGCCAUCGAGGUGUUCAAGGCGCAGCUGGCGUCCUGGCAGAAGAAGCUCAAGCGUAUCCAGGAGCUGGAGCAGCGCCGCCUGCGCCGCCUCGAGCGCCGCUCCGGCAUCAAGCCCGACGCCAAGGAGGAGGAUGCUGGGCGCGGGCGGGGCCAGGGGCGGCCGCCGGUGCAGGCGGUCGAGGAGGAUGACGACGACGGCGACUUUGACGACGAUGACCUGAUCGCAUCCACCUCCGGCAUGGAGGGCCCCACGAGCUUAUCCCCACAGCAGACGGGCGCUGCCGGGAACAGGUGCCCCUGA